AUGCCCAGGGACAGACCGCUCUGUGCCCUUUCUAUCUCUCAGAUAAACAUCUGUGGUGUGAGCCGGAACCGGGUCCUCCCAGAAGCCCAGGCCAACAAUGUGAAGAAGAUCGUACCACGCCCUUUAUCCAGGGUGAAUGGCUGGUCACCGCCCCUCCACUCCUUCCAGGCAAUAUCCUGGACCACCUCUCUGGUCAUGUUCGUUGCUGCCUUUGGGAUCUUCAUCCCCUUUCUGCCAAGGAGCUGGAAAUAUGCUGCCUAUGUUGUAUCCUUUGUGCUACUGAUGGGUGGGUUGUCCUUGUUCCACCUCAUCGUGCACUUGGUCGCAACUACCAUUGAUCCAGCUGACACCAAUGUCCGACUCAAAAAGGACUACUCGGAGCCUGUGCCGACCUUCGACCGGUCCAAACACGCACACGUGAUCCAGAACCAGUACUGCAACCUGUGUGAGGUUACUGUGAGCAAGAAAGCCAAGCAUUGCAGCUCCUGCAACAAAUGUGUCUCUGGCUUCGACCACCACUGCAAAUGGCUGAACAACUGUGUGGGCAGCAGAAACUACCGGUUCUUCUUCUGCUCUGUGGCCUCAGCGGCAGUUGGCGUGCUUAUCGUGAUGGUUAUCUUGCUGUACGUCUUCAUCCAGUACUUAGUCAACCCCGACGAGCUUCGCACAGACCCUCUGUAUAAAGAGAUCAGUGCUGAGAACAUAUGGCUGCUGUUCCUCCCACUGUGGCCUGUGCCUGUGAAGACCCCUGUAGUCCUGUCCAUCAUGGUGGUGGUAUUCCUGCUAGCCAUUGCCAGCUUCGUGCUGCUCGGGCACCUGCUCAUUUUCCACUUCUACCUGAUUGCCAAGAACCUGAGCACAUUUGACUACAUGAUGCAGCCCCGAUUCCAGAGGAAUUCACACUCAGCAGAAAAGAAAGAGCUACCUCUACGGAAAAAGGGGAACCUUUCCCAGGAAAAGAGUAGUAACUUGAACUGGUCUCAAUGCUCACCGAGGAUGGAGUCCCAGAAGUUCCUGCUGUCUGCUCUUCCACCGAAGUCAAAUACGGGUUUCAUAGCUCCAGCUCCAAAGACUCCUCCACAGUAAAGGCUAGCGAUAAGAAUGAGCUUCUCUCAGGAUGGCAGUGCCAAGCCGUCAGACCAAGAUCGUGAGGAGACGCCUCU